AUGAAAUUACCAUUUUCAGUUUCAGCAUUUUGUUUGUGUUUUCUUUGUGUUUUCCUGGUGAUUGUUGUAGCUCAUUCACAACUUCCUGAGGAAAUGUAUAGAUUUGAUAAUGAUAAGAGAUCUCAUGUAAGCUAUAGGUAUGAUAGAAUUGAUGAAGUUCAGAAACAAUGUGUGUCUGUUUUAGCUUCUGCAUCUGAAUUGAGGUUGGGGUAUAGUGGUGUUGUUGGUAUGAAAAAAGAGUUUUCUUUUGUUAAUGGGGAUUGGAUUCAGGAGGAUGGUAAGUUUCCAAUUAUGCCAUUUGAUGAUGGGGAUUCGCCGGGGAUGUUACCGGGAGGAGAUCGGAGUAGUCCGAUGAAAUUGGUGUCUUUUCGAGUUACGGAUGUUGAUCAUGCUCAUCGAUUGAAGAAGUCGAUCCCUGUAAAUGGUUUCAUGGUGGUGGGAAUUACUACAGAUGGUAGUUUUAUGGAGAACGUAUAUGGUGAUGGGAAUCUUGAUUUUCGGUUAUGGCCUGGACAUUCUCAGCUUUUGAUUCCCUUUCAAGGGGUUUACACGGAAUCGAAGAGAAACGGUGGGGAGAGGGUGUUGUGUUUGUUGGGGAACACUAUGCUUCCAACUCGUGAAACCAAUCCUGCUAAUCCGUGGGAGUGGAUGAAGAAGAAUCCUAGUGAUGUACCUAUGUCGGAAGAUGAUCAAAUUCUGCUGGUUCUUCGUUAUCCGUUGACAUUCACUUUAACAAAUAGGAUGAUCACCGGAGAGUUAAAAAGUUUGAACCGUGAUUCGAAUCCUAAAUACUUUGAUGUGGUUCACAUAUCGUCACAGUUGGGUAGCUCGGCGAAGUUCACAUUUGGUUCACAACGUAUUGUAUCGAAAGCAUGCGAUCCAUACCCGUAUAAAGAUAAUCUGACAAAUAAUGUCAUUACUGUAUACAAAGGGACAAGGUUUUGUGAAAUCCUCGAAGAAGUUACCAGGGAUAAACCUUUAUCUGUUGUACCAAAUUGGAGGUGUAAUGGCACUGACGAUUUCUGCAGUCAAUUAGGUCCUUUUUUGUCGGAUGAGAGAAUCAAAUCAACACAUGGAAGCUUUCAAGAUGUUAAACUUUAUAUACAGGAUGUUAUCUGUGAGCAAGCAGCUGGUAAACGUAAUUCUGGCUCCACUAUGGUAUCUGCAGUUUUUAGAGCGGUUUCUCCAUCCGAGAAUCGAUAUAAUGCAGCAAAGAGAUCCGGUGUCAACAACAUGUCGCUUGCCACCGAAGGAAUCUGGAAACCUUCUAGUGGACAGCUUUGUAUGGUUGGUUGCCUUGGACUUGUCGAUGCCAAAGGGAGUAACUGUAAUACUCGGAUCUGUUUGUAUAUACCUACCACUUUCGCCUUAAAGCAACGUAGUAUUAUUUCGGGAACUUUGUCUCCUAUUAAUAACAAUAGCGACUUUUUUCCUCUAUCAUUUGAACAGCUUAUGCAACCUACAGAACUCUGGAAUUAUUUCAUGUUCACUCAUCCAAAUUACAGUUACUCCAAAGUUAAUCUUGCUGGCACGAUCCUAGAAAAAAACGAGCCCUUCAGUUUUUCAACCGUCGUUAAGAAAUCAUUGCUAACUUUCCCUAAACUUGAAGACGAGACAUUCCAAGAUAGUCUGUCCCUUCUUUCAGAAGAUCUCACUUUUCAUAUCCCAGGUUUUCCCGAUCCUAUGCCUCGUGUGCAGGCCCCAAGAGUUGAUAUUCAGAUGGAGAUUCUCUCUGUUGGUCCAAUGUUUGGGCGUUAUUUUGACGCCCAAAAUGGUUCAAUAGUGGAACAACUAGACACACCAAAUCAAGCAAACACCGCUGAAUAUACUGAAAAACAGCUUCUUUUAAAUGUAUCUGCACAACUGAGUCUUAGUGGAAAAGGUUAUAGUAAUUUUUCCACGCUUUUUCUCGAAGGUCUUUAUGAUCCACAUGUUGGAAAGAUGUAUCUUAUUGGUUGUAGAGAUGUGCGAGCAUCAUGGAGCGUCUUAUAUCAGAGCUAUGAUCUAGAGGCUGGAAUGGACUGUUUAAUUGAGGUGGUUGUUUCGUAUCCUCCAACAACAACUCGGUGGCUAGUCAAUCCCACUGCCACAAUUUCUAUAGAAAGUCAAAGAACAGACGAUGACGGCCUUCAGUUCAACACAAUAAAGCUCCAAACUUUUCCGAUCAUAUACAGAAAGCAACGCGAGGAUGUGCUCUCACACCGGGGUGUCGAAGGGAUUCUCCGGAUCUUGACACUUACAUUCGCAGUUGGUUGCAUUUUAAGCCAACUUUUUUACAUAAAGCAUAAUAUGGAUUCUCUUCCAUAUACAUCUCUUGUUGUGCUUGGUGUUCAAUCUCUUGGUUAUAGCAUUCCUCUAAUCACAGAUGCAGAAGCUCUUUUCAAGAGAAUGGUUUCGGAGUCUUAUGAUGUGUCGUCAUCUGGUGCUUUGGAGAACAAAAGUGUGGAAGUCUCGAAUCAGAUUGCAAAAGCGAACCUCUUCUGA